GGGGCGGGGCCUCGCCCACCAGACGUGCCGUCGGUCACGCGGGGCCCAGCUGGACUGCCGCGGGGGAUUCUGGGCCAAGAUGGCAGCAAUGAGGAAGGCGCUUCUGCGGCGACUGGUGGGCUUGGCGUCCCUCCGGGCUGUCAGCACCUCAUCUAUGGGCACUUUACCAAAGCGGGUGAAAAUUGUGGAAGUUGGUCCCCGAGAUGGACUACAAAAUGAAAAGAAUAUCGUAUCUACUCCGGUGAAAAUCAGGCUGAUAGACAUGCUUUCUGAAGCAGGACUCUCUGUUAUAGAAGCCACCAGCUUUGUGUCUCCUAAGUGGGUUCCCCAGAUGGGUGACCACACUGAAGUCUUGAAGGGCAUUCAGAAGUUUCCCGGCAUCAACUACCCAGUCCUGACCCCAAAUUUGAAAGGCUUCGAGGCAGCGGUUGCUGCUGGAGCCAAGGAAGUAGCCAUCUUUGGAGCUGCCUCAGAGCUCUUCACCAAGAAGAACAUCAAUUGUUCCAUAGAGGAGAGUUUUCAGAGGUUUGACGCAAUCCUGAAGGCAGCGCGGUCAGCCAAUAUUUCUGUGCGGGGGUACGUCUCCUGUGCUCUUGGCUGCCCCUAUGAAGGAAAGAUCUCCCCAGCUAAAGUAGCUGAGGUCACCAAGAAGUUGUACUCAAUGGGCUGCUACGAGAUCUCCCUGGGGGACACCAUUGGUGUGGGCACCCCAGGGAUCAUGAAAGACAUGCUGUCUGCUGUCAUGCAGGAAGUGCCUCUGGCUGCCCUGGCUGUCCACUGCCAUGACACCUAUGGCCAAGCCCUGGCCAACACCUUGAUGGCCCUGCAGAUGGGAGUGAGCGUCGUGGAUUCUUCUGUGGCAGGACUUGGAGGCUGUCCCUACGCACAGGGGGCAUCAGGAAACUUGGCCACGGAAGACCUGGUCUACAUGCUAGAGGGCUUGGGCAUUCACACGGGUGUGAAUCUCCAGAAGCUUCUGGAAGCUGGAAACUUUAUCUGUCAAGCCCUGAACAGAAAAACUAGCUCCAAAGUGGCUCAGGCUACCUGUAAACUCUGAGCCCCUUGCCCACCUGAAGCCCUGGGGAUGGUGUGGAAAUAGGGGCACACACAGAUGAUUCAUGGAUGGGGACAUGGAAAUAAGAAUAGGUUAAAUGGUGCAGGUACCUCAUAGCCAGCUCUACACAGAGGUCUCUCCUGGCAGAAAGCAGGCGAGGGGCAGGAGGAGCUGCUUGGCAGAAGGACCUCCUGCCCAGACCUGAGUAGGAGUAAGAGGCUUUGAGGGCUGAAGUCUCCCUUCGUUAGGGACCCUGGCCCAGGAGUUGAAUGCCUGAGGACAUGUGGGAACCCCAUUCCCUACUUAGCAUGAUCCUUGAGUCUCCUCUCUGGAUGGAAUCCGUAGCUGGCCACUCGCCACCCUCUACACAGCUCCACCCUGCCAUGGCCUUGGGGCCCUUGCUGUCUGACUUCUCAGGACACAGGUCAUGGAGGUUCUUCCCAAGCUGGCAGAGGCCAUUUGUGGAAAGUGGAGAGCUUCGUGGUGGCCAUCUGCCAACUCCAGCAUCUCUGGAAAAUCUCCACGCUGAAUGUGAUUUUUGAAAACAGCUUAUGUAAUUAAAGGUUAAUGGCACAUCAUAAUUCCAGCA